CUUGGGCUACUGGAAGUAGAGAGAUCCAGAGCCCCACAGCUAUAACAGAGGGCAGAGGUUAAAUCUUUUGGCAUAUUUACCAUAAGAAUGGUCACUGCACACCCUCUUCCUGAAGGCUUCACUGAAAUAGAAGUGUUUGCCAUUGGCACUGCCCUGCUGGUAGAAGCCCUGCUUGGUUUCUGUCUGAAUGGCUUGACAAUUAUUUCUUUCCGAAAAAUCAAAGAGCUCCGAACACCCAGCAAUCUGCUGGUUCUCAGCAUUGCCCUGGCCGACUGUGGGAUUUGCAUCAACGCAUUCAUCGCUGCCUUUUCCAGCUUCCUCAGAUACUGGCCCUAUGGCUCCGAUGGCUGUCAAAUCCAUGGAUUCCAUGGCUUCCUGACAGCACUGGCCAGCAUUAGCUCCAGCGCUGCUGUCGCCUGGGAUCGAUACCAUCACUACUGUACAAGGAGCAGGCUGCAGUGGAGCACAGCUGCCUCCAUGAUGGUGUUUGCAUGGCUGUUUGCUGCCUUCUGGUCCGUGAUGCCCUUACUGGGGUGGGGAGAAUACGACUACGAGCCCCUCCGAACCUGCUGCACUCUGGACUACAGCAAAGGGGACAGAAACUAUGUCACAUUCCUUUUUGCUCUGUCCACUUUCAAUUUCAUGAUCCCAGGCUUCAUCAUGCUGACAGCCUAUCAGUCCAUACACCAAAAGUUCAGGAAAACUGGGCACUUUAAGUUUAAUACUGGUUUACCAUUGAAGACGCUGGUCAUUUGCUGGGGUCCCUAUUGCCUGCUGUGCUCCUACGCAGCAGUGGAAAACGUGAUGUUCAUUCCACCAAAAUACCGCAUGAUUCCUGCCCUUAUUGCCAAGACUGUGCCAACGGUGGAUGCCUUUGUAUAUGCCCUGGGAAAUGAAAACUACAGAGGAGGAAUAUGGCAGUUCCUCACAGGACAGAAGAUUGAGAAAGCAGAGGUCGAUAACAAAACUAAAUAACCCAUUAUGGCAUUAAACACAAUUACUGUGGGUACAUCACUGAAAGCAAAAUUCAAGAGAAAACUGAGUGCAUUCUCUGAUAUGUUAUGUGCAAAGGUGGUUCCACAUUGGAAAGGCUGUGCAUUGGCUACAAACAAUGAAGUAUGGAAAGAAAGCCCUCCAGAUAACUGUCCAAACCAUCAUGAGCUGCUUGUCAAACAA